AUGGGUCCACGCAUUUCACGACUAGACCAAGAUGGAGUCGCUGCUGUCGCAAGAAACGGCUCUCCACGUAGAUCAUCAGAUGAGGAACGAAGAAAGUCUGCCGAAGAAAAAGUAAACGGCCACGCACACGCCCACCGAGAAGAUAACCCAAAAUUUGACAUUCCCCACCACCUGAAAGGCAUCCCUCGUCUAGAAGUACAACACUACUUGAUGCGCUUUUUAUACCAAGGAAACUUUUCGUCACCCAUUCAAGAAACCCUUAAUGCUGGCAAUGCACGAGUUCUCGAUCUUGGUUGCGGGGCGGGAACAUGGGCUAUUGAAGUAGCAAAAGAAUUCCCGUCGGCGCAAGUGAUCGGGGUUGAUAUUACGAAUUUCUUCCCGAGCGACGUGACGACACCAAAUGUCAAGUUUAUUUUACAUAAUUUCCAAGAGAGGAAACGUUUGCCAUUUGAUGAUAAUGCUUUUGAUUUUGUGCAUAUGCGGUUUUUGUUGGCGGAUGUGAAGGAAGAAGAUUAUCAGAAUACGUUGAUCCCUGAACUUGUUCGAGUUACUAAACCGAAUGGGUGGAUCGAGUUACUUGAAUUCGAUGUACAGCAUUACAGUGAAGGUCCAGUUAUUCGGCGACUUACUAAUUCUCUAAGCAAACACCUACAAUCCAAAGGAUACAACCCAAAAAUAAGCGAAAAACUCCCACACUACCUAAAACAAACCAAUAAUGUUGACAAAAUUCUCCAAUUCGAUAAAGCCAUCCCACUUGGACAUUGGGCAGGUCGUGUUGGUGAUUUAGCCAUUGAGGAUUUAUCGAUUCUUUUCCUUGAUUCUAAAGAACUGCCACAGUCGAUGGGUGUUACUGACGAGGAAUAUCAGAAUCUGGUUUCAGAGUAUAAAGAAGAGGUUGAGGAACGUAGAACUUUCUUUAGGACGCAUCGAUUCUUUACUAAAAAAAUUAGUAAAAUUAAUCCUGAAAAGUCUUGA